CAGUGAUCGUACCAAUGAGAAAAUACUUAUAGUAAAAGCUGUGAGAUAUUCUUGUGUCGGUUCCAGUCUUGUUUUCCCAAACAAGAUGCACGGAGGGCGCAAUCUUAAUGAGUGGAACCUCUACAGCAUCAUGGCCGAGAGACGAGACCUGUACCUGUGGGACAGCCCGGACUCGAAAAUGGUGACAAAUGGCGGCAACCAUCCAGGCUCCGCCCCCAGUUUGCACACCGGCCAGCAGCACUGUACUCCUCUACAGGGUUCUGGGCACACGGGACACACCAGCCACAACCACAAUAUGUCCUCACCACCGUCACAGACGAGUAACGGAAAUGCAGCAAUCAGAGGCGCCACCUAUCCAUCCACGAAUGGCAACAGUAAAUGGUCAUAUCCAGAUUGUGAUUCCAUCUUUCCAGUGCCUGGUGCUUUCCACUCACGACUCCAAGGGUGCAAAGACCCCAUGCCAAAUCGGGUACAAGACUUGCAGUGCGGGCCGAACCAAGGCCUGCCGAACAGUUUCAGCCCACCGUCGUCGAUUCAGAACAAUCACAAUCAGCUAGUUGUACCACAGCCGCUAAAACCAAUAAAGACUAAGAAAUCCUACCAGUGUAAAAUGUGUGAUCAGCCCUUCUGCCUCUGUGGUUCUCUGACCUCCAAAACAGCAAUGGAAAAGAUGUAUGAAUGCAAGUCGGAUCUCAUGGUGCAUACUCAACAGGUACACAAACAAGACCCGAAGCCUUACAAAUGUCCCACCUGCUCAAAAUGUUUCGCUAAUUCGUCGUACCUGUCGCAGCAUGCACGGAUCCAUUCGGGAAUUAAGCCAUACCAGUGCAACUUCUGCGAGCGCCGUUUCACGCAGUUGUCGCACCUCCAGCAGCACCGCCGGACCCAUACCGGCGAAAAGCCGUACAAAUGUCAACAUCCGGGUUGCGGCAAGGCUUUCACGCAGUUGUCGAAUCUCCAAACGCACUCGCGCAGUCACAUGACCGACAAGCCGUAUCGCUGUAAUAGCUGUUAUAAAUGCUUCGUCGAUGAGAUUGGGCUUCGAGAACACAUCCCCAAACACUCUGACACCAAACACCUGAAGACGCAUAUCUGUCGAAUAUGCGGGAAGUCGUACACCCAGGAGACGUACUUGACACGCCAUAUGGCGAAGCAUCAGAUGGACGGAGGAAGUCCCAGGAUUCGGAUCCCGAAACACGAACCGUUGAAUCGUCCGAUUAAGCAGGAGCCAGGAACACCGAUCGAGUCUUGCAGUAGCGCAAGCACCCCCAAGACUCCCAUCGAUUCAGCGAUGAACGGGAAAUCUUCUUCGGCAUUUAUCCCUAUCACGCAUCCAUACUCGCACGUGCAGCCAAGUAUCAGCAACUCGCAAGCUGCCGGAAGUAGCUUCCCGUUUCCUCCAACACUCCAGAAUUCUCCACUAAGUUCUUCUCUUCCACACAUCUCGUGUGUGACGUCACCCCGUUACUUCCCGGCGUACGACCCAAUCAGUUCGCAUCGUACGGAUUCGCUCGAUCGCGACCUGCAGUCGCGCGAUAGCAGCUCAAUGAUCGCAAGAAGUCUCCUUAGUCUCCAACACAUAAAGAGUUACUCUAACUUUGCUCAAUGCAAUAGCGGCUCAACUUAGUCAUAGACAUUUUCUUAUUCGGAAUCUCACGUGAAUUCAUGUAAUGUACACUAUAUUAACAAAUGUGGAAUUUAGAGGAAAGAUAGGUGGCAGCACCCUACACUUACAUGUUCAAAGCUGCCCAGGGCAGGACCAAAAGCAUCCUGUGUGGGUUUGGAGAGAGAACUUUAUACAAGGGUGUGGUGAAAGAUUUUCACACGUCCGUUGUCUCGGCCAGAGGACAAUCCAUUAUAUCCAAUAGCAGCAGAGUUUAACUCCUCGCUCUUUUGGCAGCAGCCGGAGACUGGCACCCCCUAUGGGGAGUUCUUCUAACCAAUUGUAUAUUUAGCAGCUAGAGCUGCCUCGGUUUUGAACUAGGGUUUAAAUUGCUUUAACGACAGUCAGAUGUUUGCUAACACCACCUAGUGGUUUGGCUACGUCUGGGCAACAUACUCAAUGUAUCGCUGAGCAACCUCUAAGGUUGGCAGUACUCUAAGGUAUGGAAUGGUUAUACUAUAUUAUAUAUUCACUAUAGUUUUAUAUCAAAAUGGUUUUCCUCUGAAUUCCACAAAAAUCGUUUUAUUGUGCCUUAUUCCAGGAGUAGACUUAUUAUGAAAUGCGUACAAAGGGUAAUUUUCUUGGCUGCAACGGUCAUACAUCAUGUGGCGCUGACCUUAGUGACCUUGAACUUUGGCGUCUGCUUACAAGGUCAUAAGAAGCAUUGGUGAGUUGCUGACCUUGACCUGACAGACUGUAGCAUGGCACCAUGGAGUCAUACGGUGCAUCAUCGUAACUGUGACCUUGAAAAAGGUCAGAUGUGCUUUUGAACUCUUCGAGGUCGCUGGGGCACAUAAUGUGCCCUGGAGGUCAUAGGAGUGUGUCGGAUACAGAAAUAGCACGGACUAGGAGGCACUUUUCUCGCAGAAGGCAUCAGAAGGUGGAAUCAGCUUUAAUCGACGCAGCCACAAACAUUGAAAAUAAGGCAUUGAAUUCGACGAAUGUAAAAAUCUGUAAAGAUUACAAUUAUGAUUAUUCACCCAUGAUUGACAUUAUCACAUUAUUGCUCUUUUCUACGAUUGUUGUGUAUAAUGCCACUGGUCUUUGUUCAAAGUCUAAUAAUUCUGUUUUCUUAAAUUGACCUUUUUGAGCGUGUUUUUCGGUUUACCGACAAACGUGGUCAUUUCUGUCUUGUUCCUCUGUUGGGUUUUUGUAUAAAUUUGUGUUUUUAAUACUAUGUAAGUGUAUUAUCUGUUAACACAAGUUCACGUUUCGUAACUGUUAAUGUUGUGGCGUCUGUGACGACAUGUUGAGAUUUGGGAAGGGGAAGAAAUGGACAACUCCAAUCUCUACACAGUUUGAUCAAAUAACACGCUUGCAAAAGUCCAAUUGACAAUUAGAAAACACAUAAUGAAAUUUGAAAUUUGAAUUUCAAGAUUUGCAAAUUCAACGAACACAGACUGAAUAUAAUUUUCUUUAACAAUUCCGUUGUGUACACUGACAUAGGAAUGCUCUGCCAAUUUUCACCACCUUGUUUGUCCAGCUACAACACUAUUGCCAUGAUUAUUACUUAUCAUCAAGAGGCAUAUAAACAGUGUACAUGGAUGUACUUAGCCUUUAAGAUCUCAAUAUGUGUUCAUUUGGUAGAGAUAGGAGUUGUUCGUUUCAUGCCUUGACAAGGGACACUGUUGAUAGCCAUAAUUUUGGCACCGAAAUCUUAGGUAAGAAUUGAGGUUAAGAGAACGUCCCGGGGACCUCCUCCAGUACAUCCAAGUAUACCACGAUCCUUGUACAUUUUGUAGGACAUCUAUAGAUAAUGUACUGGUGUCAUUGGUAAGCUAUACUUGAACUUGGGCACUAGGCGACAAGUAGGCGUUUUCAUGCAAGAUUUUAAUUACUUUAAUGAGAAUUAUUGUAAAGAUUUUAUCUCAGUUUUAAAUUCUAUCAAAUUUUUAAUUUGAUGUUUGUGUUUCUUGUUGUGGAGACAACAUUGUACUAUAUAUAUAAGAUAUAUAAAUAGUAGUUGAUAGAAGGGUUGCAUUAGGCCGCCCAGGAAGUGCCAUAUUUGUUUUAUUGCGUUAUCUUUAGAUGCAAAUAUAAUGCAAGAUUUUAUCAUACAAGUAGGAUUCGAUGCUUUAGAUCAUGUGUAGUAAGCCAGAAAGGGAAAGGGAAAAAAGAUUAUUUGUUGAAAAGUUGAAUAAGAACAUUGCCAACCUGCAACUAUUCAUACACGUUUUGAGAAGAAAAAAACAAAUUUCAAACUUGCAGUUUUCAUAUUCAGACUUGCAGUUUGACAUCCAAGCUUGCAAUUAAAACAUUCAGGCUUGAACCCAAGACAUUUGAACUGUAAACAGUAAAGUGUGCAGUAUAAAUACCAUUCACUUUAUUCCCCAAAGGGUUUAGUCCUCGGGUCGUUCUCUUAACCUUAAUUCUCAAUGGUGCUGGUCCUUGUUAUAUUCUAUCACUUUUGUGUCUUUCUGUAGAUAACUAGACGGGGGUUGAAAUCCCUGCGCCCGAGGUUUGUGGGCAUAUGCAGUAUACAUUAGGUGUUGCCCACAGCUUAGGAUGCGGGCUUGACUGUUGUGGUAUAUCACGUUUUGAAUACACUAAAGAUGCUUCUCCUUAUCCUCAUAGGACUUCUCAUGAUAUCUUGUCAUCACAAAACAUGGUUGAUUCUAAAGCCUACAAUCAGGUCUAAUUAUCUCUGUACUUCAGGUCAAAGAUAUAACAUUCAUAGUUCGAGUUAUAACAUCCAAAUUUACAGUUAUAACAUUCAGAUUGUAGUUGUAGCAUCCAGGUUUGCAGUCAUAUGCAGCAGAUAUGACAUUCAAGCUUAGAGUUACAACAUUCAAACUCACAGUUAUCACAUUAAAAUUUACAAAUCAGUUCAAAAGCAGCAGCGUGAACCCCAGAAUGUAGCACAGAUCAAAAAUGGUAAAAGUGAAUUUAAAGAUAAAAUGCAACCAUAUUGGAUUCCAAGAUGGGUGCUUGAUAAAGGAAAAGUAAUUGCUACAUCUUCCUAGUUGCUGCAAUCGUGGCUAUAGUUUCUGGUUGACUGAUGUGACCUGAAUGUAGGCUGUAGUGUCAAAAAACUUCACAUUUUGAAUCAAGCUGCUCCAAUAACUCAAUAAUUCAAAAAAAUCCAACAAUUAAGCAAAGUACCUUGUGAGAAAUGAUGUGUAAGGUUACAUGUACUCUAGCCCUGCCAGGCGAGUCUUAAGUUCUUCCAAAUGUGUUUCAACAUCAAAAUCUUCCAUUUUAGCACUUCAGUUGAAAUAUUUAAAUCCAGAUUUACAAAUGAAAAUGAUCAUCAUAUUUUGCCAAUUUUGUCUCAAAGCACUUAAACAUUUUGUUUCAUUGAUGCACUUCACCCUUUGUGGUUAGUCUUUGUAUUGACUGACAUUAUACAUUUCUAGUUAGAAUCUUGACUGUGCAUGAUUCCUGGUAAGGUUACAUAUUCCAUAUGAGUGCCUGGCAGGGCUGAAUGAGGUAUACCCUAUCGUCCUUUCUCCCCAAAAUGGAACUUUCUUCAAAUCUUGUGACUGUAUCUUGUGUGUUUGUGUACAGUUCUGUCUGUGACGGUAAUACCUGUUAUGAGGAUGGUCAUAAGUGUGUAACAGCUGUUAUUUCUUAAAGAACUGUAACUGUUUAUUAAAAGUAGUCACCAUGACUUUGGCAGAAAUGUUACAAACACAGCAGCUGCUAUCAUGGUAAUAGUUGUACCAUACUGACAGCUGUUGUCAUGGCACAGCCAUAGUAAGGUAACCUGUGGCAGUGGCAUUAGUAUCAUCUAUGGUAACAGCGCACUGCUGGUAACUUGGUCAACAAUACCAAUAGCAACUGUUACACAUCAUACACUAGUAACAGCUGUUAUAGUAACAGAUUUAGUGUUACAUGGUAAUAUCUGCUGCCUUGACAGAUAUGACUCAAUGUGGCUUAAGCAGCAUAAUAUUUCCAGGGACAAAAAACAUGUGUUUUGUACUUGGGGAGACCAGUAGCAUGCGUGUGAAUGUAUUGUUUAAACUCCAGUGCAACUCGUCUUAAUAUAAGAGUGUUACGAGCGGUAGCAUCUGAGCAACCAUCUUGUAGUUUUUUCACGUCUUGUAGCGUCCCCUUUGGGGAGUCGAUUUGUGUUUUCCUUGGUCAAAUAGUUGUCAGUUGUGACUGUGAUAAACGUGACAAGAUAUAACCGUAGCUAGAGAAGUGUGUUAAAUUAAGCCGGUUUCUAAAUACUGGGUGUCUAAUUAUGAAAUGAUAUAACAAUUUUAUCCGAUUUGCGUCUUUGUGUUAACGACUUCAGUGUCAUGUAUACAAUUCUAUUUGAAUGAGUGCCACCUAUAAUCAUGUUGUUGAAUCACUCGUCUUCAAAAUGGUGGCUGUGUAGUGGACCUUGAACCUUGCUCGUCAUUUGUGUUGUCGCUAAAUUUUUCGUAGUCGUCACUAAGUGUUUAAUGGUAAUCAACGUAGGAGAAUUCACAUAUAGUAUAAAUCGCUGAACCAAAGUUAAAACAAGUAUUCAAAAUUACAUUAUAGGGGCAUUGAUUAACGGAUGAGGUCACAACUUGGCGAAUCUGUCUUGGAUAUUUGACGGCUGUUGACGAGUUUGUUCGGGAGUACUGAUGGCGUUUUGUGGAGACUGUUUGGAAAAAGACAAAUGUUAUUGGGCAUGUGGGCAUUAAUCUGUUCAGUACUUAAAGCGGCUGACACAUGAUGAAGGCUUUGCCGUUUAAAGUACAAGUGGAUAGGAAAAUAGUGGCUUUAAUUUUGGAUUGUGGAUUUUUGGUGUAACUUAAAUUGUGAUUAUCUGCCAGAAAGAAUCUUCUCUUGAAUAUCAAUGCGCUUGGUACUUUAUUGUCUCUGUAGAUGGCAGCACUCCAAUGUUCAUAUCCAGAUUCGUGAAGUUACGACCUAAUUCCUUUUUUUUUUAAACGUUACUUACAUUGUACGUCUUUCUUAGAACUGCUUUAAAAAUAGGAGACUUGAUAAUGCCAUGAGUGUGUAAAAUAUAUUGUGUUUAAUAAACAUGUAAACCAGUGGAUAGGUGGCCCCACCCUUGGGCUCCUGCGGGUAUGUUUGUCAACUCGGUAUAUGUUCUGUAUAGCAGAACAUCGGAGGGCCUACUUGUGAUAUUCAGUUCUGUAAUAUGCUAGCUCUGCCCGCAAACCGAAGGUGGCGCUGCCUACUUUUAGGUGGGCUGUUUGUACAAUAAUUCAGCCGUCGUAUAUGCAAUAUAUUUCAAAAUUUGCUCACUAAGUAUUUUUUCUGGCUAUAUGUACUAUAGCUAAACUAAAGUUACAAUCAAGGCCUUGGCCUCAAUAUGAAAAUCUUGAUAUUAUGCUGGUUUUAUUUCUGGUUAACGUGGUCCAAAGUAAAGAUUUUAGCCAUACCCUUUCCAUCUUAUUUCUGCCUUGACUGGUUUGUAACAUGAUGUUUGAUUGGAUCUCUGUCCAUCCUGUGUCUGCCUUGACUCAUUUGUAACAAGGUCUCUGAUAAGAUGGUCAACAAAUACACUGAAAUAGGAACACAAAGCAUAGGAAGCAACAACUUUGAUAAAAGAUAUCUUUUUGAAAUGGUUUAAUUUGAGUCAGGGUUUGGAAUAGUUAAACAUUUUUGUGCACAGCCGAAAUUCAAACACACACACACAAAUAUCAACACAGUAUAUAAUUGCCUGAAAAUUUCUUUCAAAAAUCUCCCUAGUAUCUUUCACCUUGUUUGAAUAAUUUGUGAUGAGUCUCAAGAUUUUAUGAAGCAAUUAACCCAAAUUAGAAAAGUUGUGAGGAAAAGUGUCUCAAGACAGUGCCAGGCCAGUGCUAAAGAAGUUGUAUAUCUUGACAGUUGGUAUAUCUUGACAGGUGGCCCAGUUAAUUAUCUUGAGACGCUUCCCCUUUGAAAAGCCAACCAAUCCCAACACAAACACCCAAAAUGCUCAAGACUAUCAUUGUAUGCAAACGAAUUUACUCGGGCCUCGAGUUUAUGCUGUUUGUUUUGGUGUUCAAUUGUGUGCACCUAAGGCCACUAGGUGGUGCAUUUCAUGAGCUGUGCGGGCGCCACCCGGUGCCAAGUGUGUGCACUAAAUGAGCUGAAUACGCGCCGAACGGAGACAAAAAAUCUCAGCUCUUUAUCCCUGUUCCUUCCAUUAAUGUCAUUGGCAGCAUCUGUAUUGAAUCGUAAAGCUCAGGGCAGCAUUGCACCACUGGUGGCCUCAGGUCGCCCCUAUUGAACAAAAUCUCAAAUACAUCACUAAAAUUGCUCAGAAACUCACUGAAUGCAGCUCCUUUAAAAACAAUCAGACUGUAAGAUAACUUAAACUUGUGAAUAUGCAAAUUGUCAGUCCCCUAUAUCAAUGACAAACAGUUGUCUAGUCAUCCCCUUGUGCCUUGAAACGUCGGACAUUGAUGUCGAAAAGUACUUUAAAAAUUCAGAAUGCUAAAUUUUACAUCAUGUAGGCUACUAUAAUCUAAAAACGUCCUAAUUAAAACUGGGACGUUUGUGAAUGUUUUGACAAUUUUCUUGCGAUAUAAGUACGACAUUAGGUCUGGCGUAGUUCAGAUUCUAGUCACCAGAGUGCAUUACCGGUUAUAAGAAUUUGAAAUGCAUCAAUGAUUAGUUGAAAAUAAUUGAUUCAAGUUGGAAGUUCUUACAAUUCACUUUGAAAUUCACAUGGAGUUCUCUUGAAAUUCACAUGAAGCUCCCUUUAAAUUCACAUACAGUUGCCUUGAAUUCACAUUGAGCUCCCUUGAAAUUCACAUAGAGUUGCCUUCCCUUGUAAUUCACAUGUAGCUUCCUUGAAAUUCACAUUCUUGUAAUUCACAUGGAGUUCCUCUUUGAAUUCUCAAUUUGCUUUGGGAUUCCCUUUCAACUUGAAGGUGACAAAGAAUUGCUCUUCGAAUAGAUACCAGUGACAUUACUUAUAAUAUGGAUUUAAAUGAAUGAUAUGAUUCAAUACAAUACAUCAUGAUAGUAGAAUAUAUCUUCGCAUACACAGUAGUUAACUAAAUCUUUUUGUCAAUAUUUUUGGAGAAGACAGUGAAAUGCAUUACAGUAGAAUACACAGUAGGUUUUAUGAAUACAUCGUGAAUGCCCGGUAUAACAAGGUUAUGUAAACUUAAGUUUCCUUUUCUUAAAAACUCGUUUCAAAAAUACAAAAAAAUGGCACGUUUUUCUAUUAUGUGUAUCAGAUGAGUGUGAUGGUCAGUCAGCAGUUCAGACCACUGUUCUAAGAGAUAGAAUGCAGAAAUCUAAGACUUAAUUUGGCUUCUAAUAAUAUAACAUCACUUCAUUCACCCAGGAAAAUUAGCACCACAUUUACCAAGGUUAUUCUUCGAAAGAGGGGAGGAUUUCCGGGAAAUGUUGUUCCUUUCCUCAAGAAUAUCUUGAGAACCCAGAGAACAUGGUAAAAUCCUGCAUCAAAAUUAGAUGACUCGAAAGUGCUUACAUUUGGUGAUCUGAUAUUUUUGUUCUAACUUUUUCUGGCAUUUGAAUAGCUAUACAGUUCUGCAGACACUUUUAUUUGUGACAGUUUUAAUUGGAUCACCAAAUACAAGUAUUUUUGCCCAUCCAAUUCUAAUUUUGAAACAAAACUAAAACAUUUCCUUGGGUAAUUCAGGUGACCUCAUGAAAAGGAAGACAUUUCAGAGGAAUACCCUUGAUCAGAGGAAUACCUUCGGGAAAUGUGGUGCUGAUUUUCCGGCAUGACAUUUGGCUUCAAGUUUUCAGUUUGACGCCACAGGCUCUUGCCGAGACCAGAGAUUUUAGUGGGGCAUAAUUUCUAAAUUUCAAACUUAAUUUUAUAUGAAGUUUCUCUUGACUAUUUUCAUCUGUAAUUAACGAAGUUCACAGUGGCAUUGUUUGAUUGGUUAUAAUUGUGACGAAUGUUAAUACUCACUUAACAAGCUGUAAUUAACGAGUUUUAAGAUUUUGCUAGAUAUUUACCCCUCUGGUGUCCGUUGUGAAUAUAUUAUUAUGCCGUUAAAAUGACGAAGUGAUUUUGACAACUGAUUCUGGCGUUGUUACCAAAAAUGUGAAACACUUUGACAUUUUUUUCUCUUUUUGUGCGUACCUCAAUCUGAAUAAUUAGAGCAGGUCGGUUUCAUGUCUAGUUGAGCGUAAUACUUGUGUGCAUUGUGUAUGAUUCGUGAACACUCAUAAUCAAAGUGACGCACUCCGUGAAGGGUGGGUAUAGGGUUAUUGGAUAAAGGGCAAACAUGAAAGUUAUUUUUGAAAUUAUCUGAAAUUUGUGGGCCGACAGAGACACAAUCUCUCUAAAAAUUGUCUCCAUACCGGUUUGAGCAAGUUUAAAGACAUAAUUACACGUGCAUGAGGCAUUUAAACUUUCAAUAUUGUAGAAUAGUCCAUUUUAACCUACUGUACAUUAUUUUUGGUUGAAUAGUUUUUGUCACCUAUAUUUAGAAUAUAAAUAGUAUCGGGUAGUGCCUGGUAGUCUGGGGUGGUUGCGUGAACUUGGGCACUUUUCACUUACAAUGCAGCUCCCUCAACAACACAAACCAGGAACCACUGUCAGUUUGCCUGUGAUGCUCUGCAAUAGUCCAGCUUAAGGACUGUUACAGUGAUACAAUAGCGCCACCUUUACCAGUGACAGGAGAACAAAGAUGUGUUUACAUCUUGUAACAGUGUAUAUACAUCUGAUGUACUAGUGCUCUUGGUCAACUACACUUAAUUGACAUUCAGCAAAUCUUGCCAAGAGAUAAAAUGAACGAUUCUGAUUUUUUGUGACACUCUGUAUGAUACAGGAAUGUAUUGAUUAGGAAUACUCACUUUUGAAGCUGAAUUGAAGAAAAAUAAUUCCUGGUACGUGCCUCAUCCAAAUUCUCCGCCAAAAAAUAUCCCACUCUUCAUCAGAUACUAUUCUCACUUUAAAACACUUAUAACCCUAGCGUAAUUUAACUGGCUCCAAGCCAAAGCCUGGUUUUAGAAACGACUAUAUGAACCCUGUAAAGCACUAAUAGCCGUGUAUAGGUUAUUCUUUUCUGAGCAAGUUGCAUAUAAUGUAAGUUCGAAAGAAACAGAAUUGAGUCUUGUCAAUUGCUAUUUUGGUGCCGGUAAUAUAAAAGUGCCGCACGUACAUGUAUGUGUAUAGAUAUUAAAUCAUAUUAUAUAGAAGGGGUCUACCCUGGACAGUUUCAGUCUGCCUGUACGUCAUGCUAUAGCGACACCUUGGAUGUAGUUUUAGUCACUGUGUAUAGGUGGCGCUGUGUUGAACCGACUAUUUAGCAGGGUGAGCCACGUAGUAUUGAAUGUGUCAAAGAGGCUUCACUGCUGCGCUCGAGAAAUCCAGUCGAUGUAGUGAGUGCAGAUAAUUAAAAACCCAAGAAUAUCCAUGUGCUGAUUUCGUGCAUGUUGACCGAGUCAUGAGUUCGUCUUGUAACAGUGUAAAUACAUCCGAUGUACUAGUGCUCUUGGUUAACUAGCCGGAACCGACAUUUAGCGAAUCUUGCCAAAGAUAACUUGACCUCGCAUUUACGAUUACGGGGUACACUCGCCAAAGUACCCUAUAGCUUUCAGGGUAUGAAACUAAGCAUAAUAACUCUGUAUUAUCAUAUACAGGAGAACUGAUCGAGGUAAAGUUGCCUGAUUUUUGUUAUUUCCAAUUUGACCUGUCUUUAUUUUUUAGUACCGUUUCUGAAUACGCUUAAAGCUGAACCAAAUUCUACGAAACGGCUUAAGCUGUGUCGACAAGGCAUUGAAACAAAAGUUUUAAAAUUGCGAGGAAAUCUGUGAUAAUGAUUGCACAUUCUGCAGUGCUACCAAUUGUGCUGAGGACUACCUACGACCUUUAAACAUGUCGAAAAUUCUCAAGUAAAAUCCUAUCAAAGUGAAUUUUGUGUGGGUCUAAAAAUUAUCUGUCCCCUUUGGAGACAAAUGGAAUAGGUGUUGUGUUGAAAUCUCAAAGUUUUUUGUAUCCUCAGUAUGGGCAGUGUUUAAAACGUACAUCCUUGGUGUCGCUUUUUCGGUAAGGAGCUUCAAGAUGCGUUAUGUAAUGCGCUUUGGCAUUUAUACAAACUUUUUGUUAAAUCCGAUUUGACUAAGACCAGUUUGGUCAAUUUUUAAUGUAUGUGCUUCAUGAACAUUUGUGGGUCAAAAUGUGCUAUGUGCGUAUCGGAGUAAUAGUUUAUUGUUGACAGGCUUAAAAGAACUGUCAUUCAAAAAUGUUCUCAACACAGGUUUGGUUUGGAAAAGAGCCUUUAGGAUUUGAAAGAAAUUUGCAUCUCCUUUUUUCAACUUCAAAUGAAUUUUCAUCCAUUGAUAAUUUGCCCUUUCGCUUUUACAGAUCGACUUAGUCAUGUUAUUAACAAUUAACCCUUUCCAUCACGAUUAAAGAUGAACUAUCAUCUGAUUUUUCAUGCAGAGUAUUAAGCCGAGGAUAAGUCCAUGGUUCUACAGUUUCACCAAGUGGUGACUAACAUGAACCAUUCCUCAUUUUCAUUGGCUACUUUGAAAUCACAUGACCACAUUCCACCAAUCACAAACCAAACUACUUUCUCAGCUCAAAAUCAGUAUGAACUAUUAUUCAAAAUCUGAAAAGUAAUUUGAAAAUCUGGAAGCGAAUUUCUCUCCUUGCUUCAGAAACGCCAAGAAUUCUUCUUUUUUCAUUUUUACGAAUGGUAAGGCCGUUUUCAUGCAAGGCAAUCUGUUUGGUCUGACCAAUCUGAAAGCAGGUGUAGUAUGGCAGAAAUACAGCAGUAAAAUACCCUGAUGGCAGCUGGGUAAUAUUUGCCAAUUUUUCCGCAGUUUCAGUAUAGACCAUGAGCCGAUUUCAGGACAUGACUAUUUGUAUAUUGCAGAUGUUAAAGUGAGAAUAUUUCAUCGCCAGCAAAUGUUAUCAUCUUUCUAGGAGGUUUCAUCAAUUUCAUCUUGGCUAAACCUCUUUAUGAACGAUAAGACAAAAAUACAUUCUUUGUUGCACAAUGUUCUGUUGGAAAUACAGAAAAAUUUGAAGAUGUUUUUGGCCUUUUGUGGUAAACUUUCGCAAAGCCAUCUGUUGAAGUGUUAAAAAUGUAAUGAUAUAGUCAAGGUCCAGUUUUUAGACGCAGAGUACCUGUUCAGUUUGUUUUUCCAUAGAUUGUGAACGCCUUUCAUUGGCCGGUCCAAAACCGUGGGCAUUGAUUUGAUUAUUUGCAGAUGUAGAUAAAAAUUUAUCAUGUUUUUUUUGUGAAAUGUACAAGCAUAUCAAAAAGGUGUUAUAACUAAAUAAUUGGUGUGUAAGCCAGAUGUAAUUGACAUAUUUCUAAUACAACUAUUUUCAACUUCUGAUGUCAAAAGGUCUCAUAAUUCUCGGUAUUGCUAAAUUUCAAAAUACAGUGUUACUUUGUGAUGGUCAUGUGACUAAGGUUGAUAUUGUCAAAAUUUAUAGCCUAUCACUCUAUUGUACCAACAGAAUAGACUAUUCCGGUGUCUUAUUUCAAUAUUGGGAGAGUCCAUGUCAUUUCAAAGGGUGUAUACGCCUUUAAUAUACAUCAAACUUCUGCUCUUUUGUUUCAUUCAUUAGAAUUUUUUAUUUCGCCAAAUACCUGAACAAACACAUCUCCUGGUCUGAACAAAACAUAACCCUUCCCAUUUUUAUUUUUUACCAUUAUCAAUAGAUCUAAGGGUCCCAAGGAAGAAACCGUUCCAUUGCGUAAAAAAAAAAGUUAUACUGCUUUUCAUGAUUUUUGGAGGAAAUUUGCCGACUUUUCAGUGGGAUACCCUCAGCUCCAUGAUAUCCUAUGUGACCAUUGUGUUCCUUUUGCAUGCCACUUACAUGUGUAACUAAUUUUGUAGCUUUUUGUGCACCACUUUGCAUUUCUCUUUAGAAAUCAGAAUUUGCCUAGUCUUAUCAGCAUAACGACGCUUGAUCGCUUCUAAAAUGUAUCUCAUUCAAAUUCACUUUGUCGUUCUACUUUUAUACGUACCCAUAAAAAUGGCUGCCGGCUUUUUUAGAUGUUUAGGCAGAAAGUAUUUUUAUGGACACUUUUAUCGUGUGCAACCCGGUGAUGUUUUUCUCCUUUUGUUUCUUCGGCUGCUGUCGGGCGAGCAGAUCAUUCAAUUAAUUAAUUAAUUACCGAAUAACAAUGGUUAAUUAACGAGAACUAUUGUCAUUAUUGAAUUACGUUGGAAAAUCACUUUAGCAUUUUACAUGCGUUUUGGUGCAAAGAGGGGUUGAACUGUUUCAAAAGUAGCAAUGGUAUUGACCUACAAUCUCAAAUUCAAUUUCAAUUUCAAUCCCAUGUACAUUUCAGCCUUAAGCAAUUGAGAACUGUAGGAUCUGAAAAAUUUGGGAGAAAAUUUAAGAAAACUUUUUCAGUUUUGAAUUUUAUAAAGUUUUUACAAACUUACAAACGAAUGUAUAUGCAACUUUAUUGGAUGGGACUCACAGUGCCUAUGAAAAGGAUGUUAAAUGUUGGGUAGGUCAGUCUGGAUCUAGCAAAGUAUACUGCAUCCCUGGACUUGCAACUUGUGGUGCCAUUGGUUAGUAAUGUGGCUUACCAUAAAAUCUUUUAUUAGAAACAGAGCAUUUACUGCGUUUUAAAAUCAAUGCAGUACAUCACAACAACCAGAGAGGUGAAGGUCACAGUUUCUUGAAAGGUGAAGGUCACCAUAAUCACCUGAAAGGUGAAAUGUUCCUCAGUUUCCUGAAAGGUGAAGAUCACCAUAAUUACAAGCACCUGAAAGAUUAAGGUCGCCACAAUUACCAGAGAGGUAAAGGUCACCAUAAUCAUGUAAAGGUCAAAGUUAGCAUAAUUCUUGAAAGGUGAAGGUCACCAUAAUCACGUAAAGGUCAUGGUCACCAUUGCUACAUUUGAAGUACCCCUGUAUGUCAUAUUAUACUCUAGUCCAUAUGAAUGGUAAACUGAUCAAGGAGCAGUCGGUUAAAAAGCAUUUCAGGCACAUUCCAAAUAAUUAGUUAAAAGUAAUGAAGUUUUACCUAAGCGAACUUAAAUUUUCCCAUUAGUUCAUCAGUUAAAAUUGUCAUUUAGGUAACAGAACAUGACCCACCUGUGUAAGGUUUUUCGAAUUACUCUUUUCGUGAGAAGUUCAACUGAAAAGGAAUGAAAGCAGCCCAUAUGCAGGGUUGGAGUUUGGUCCCAUCCAGUCUCACCGAAGUAAAUUUCUCUUGACGAGAAAACUUGUGCUUGUUUUGAUUUUAAUUCGGCGCGUCCAUUUUUUGCAUACAAUGCAGGCAUUAAACACAUUCCUCAUGGCAAAAGACUUUGGUCAACAUUUGGCCGGUGAAAGAUUUUAUUUGUAUUUUUAACCUGGCCGCUUCCAAGACGUUUUGUGUUUUUUCGUACUAUCUGAGAACUACUAAUUCUUGCUUUCGUAAACUAACAUUUUCCAAAAUCCUUAUUCUGUUUGAAACGGAAGAUACUCCCAACAGAGGAUGAGUCAUUUUGAUCUUUUAAUUAGCGUAAUCAACUGGCAUUUGAGGGGAUUUAAUUGCAGAGGAAUUUUCCUGCCAUCUUUUGAAAAAGAUAACAAGACGCACUCCCGAAAUCAAACAAUUUUUAUUUGAAAUUGAGUUAUCCAAAAAAUUUUCCAAGAUGUUCCCUCUUCCGCUUGAUGUUUGAAAGAAAACAUUUAAUUGUUCAUUCGGCUGGGGAAAAUUGAAAAGUGGUUGCUGGUAUCUUCCAAUUUUUGAAACUUUCAAAAUUCAGUUUGUUUAGUUUCUGUCUCGGAUAUGUUAGACCAAGGUUUAAAGUCAAAUCUACGAACCAACUUUAGAGAUGUCAGAAUCCAACAAUGACUGGAAAAUUAUCGUUAGGAUAUGAUGCUUUAAUUUCUUUGACUAACUAGUUUUGGAAUGUGCGUGUCAUGCAUCUUGCACUGUAGCUAAACCUGAGUAAACAAUCUCUGUUCGCUUCUAGUUUAUUUUUGCACUAAGUUGUGUUUUGUGUGCAUUGCUGCCUAGUUUUUCACAGUCUUUCUUUCUCUUGCAUGCCUUUUGAGUUCUGAGAGUUGCCAUUUUCAAGGGGGCCGAUAAGCCAUUUUCAAGAUGGCAGACAUUCUAGUAAAAUGUUUACUUUAUAGUUGUCAUUGUGUGUCAUUUCUCAUGUCUCUCCCACCAUUUUGUUAUGUGAGGUCGGAGCAUGAUUUGAGCAGAUUCAAGAAAGUCAGAAAAAAAUUAAAAUGUGCUGUGUUUUGUGAAAGUCAUUUUGGUUCAUAAAACAUUGAAAUGAAACCAUCGUUUGAUGUGGUUUCGUUUUAAUUUUUGAAGAAGCUCAAAUUUGCCUCUGCACUUUUUGGUCUUAAACUUAAACUUGUUACUGUAAGAUAAAAGUGUAAAUCAUUAUAAUGCCACCUAGUGGCAACAAUUGCGCCACCUAGCGGUAAUUUGGUGAACUAUAUUAUGUUGGCACUUUUGCACAUAGCUCAGUAUGUAAUGAAACUUUCAAAAUGCUAAUGUACAGAUGGCGAUCAAAAGCAUUUUGAAUACCACUUUCUUCCGAAAAGUCGAUUAUAACGUUGCAAGCUUCUCGUGUAUUCAUACUUACCCUUUAACCUAAUAUUUGUGGGAUGAAGGGGUACCCACGUUUUCUUCCUAACUGAACUGGGCAGCCGACCAAGUGUAAUUUGGUGUGUAUUUGUCUAGAUUCUGCCGGCUCCCCGACAAGUUUAUGUUUCUACUACUACGUGUAAUCCUGGUAUGUAUUACUCGGCCUCGCACCAAACAUACUUUUCUGAUCGCAGAAAGUUUUUGAAUAUCGGCGGAUUAUUUUUCUCUGAACUCUACGCAGGUGUUGUACGUGGUAAUAUUAAGUAGAUAACGUCUUGUUUCACGAUAAUCGAGUCUAUAUAUGAGUGAGGCGUCCGUACAGUAAAUUAGCUCAUUCUAUCCGGAGGGAGAAAAAACGACAUCUCAAAAAAUUCGAAAAAUGAAUAAUGCUUCCAUUUGACAUAUGAGGGUUAUGUCAAUCUAUACCUAAAACAACCGGCCUUGAAAACCUGGAAAAAUGGCAUUCUAAAUGCUUGUCAAGAUUGUUAAUAAAUUUGUGUGAUAUUUUCUGAAAUUCAGAUGAAAAGUUAAGGAAAAGUUGUUUUGACAUAAAGGUUAGACGUGUUCUUCAAAAUAUAAAAUUGGAACUGGAACUUUUUGAUUUGGGAUUUUCCAGUUAAGCAUUUUGUAAAUACAUGCACAUUGAAUAUGAAUUUCAACAAAACUGUUGUGUAGACUAUAAAGAAACACUUCUCAAGCCAAUUUUCAUUGUGCUCUGCACAAUAGCCAUUACCUACAGGGCAUCUGUAAACAAUGUACAGAAAUGAACCAUGUCUUUAAACUUGUUAAAGUUUUUUUAAAUGUGAAAACAGGGUGAGAAUUUAUCUUCUUUGUCAACACUUGUAAAGUGUAAUAUCAAAGGUGCACUAUUUUUCAUGAAUUACUCGCAAAUAUCGCACCGAGAAUCGAGACUAGAGACAAUACCCCGUUCUUGCGCAGAUUGCUGAUUGAGGAUAAUCUAUUUGGUUUCGAAGGAGACAAGAACUAUUCUUUAUUUUCAAAUUUGUACGGCAUUUAAUGCCAACAUUUUUACAUUCACACUAUACAUGUACAAAGAUAGGGUAUAAUAUUCGGUGAAAUUUUUGGAGUUGAGAAAUUUCCUUGGUGUUGAAAAAUUGGAGCUAAAACUAUUUGGAGAAAACUUAUUGUAAAAUCUCGCACAAGCUAAAAGAUUGAAGUAUCUUCGCGAGGAAGGUGUCUAAUAAUAUUGCGCACUUAUAAAAAUUCAAGCAAUCAGGAUGGGUUUCAAAUUAGGAGGAAGGGUAGCACAUAAUAUCAUAAAAAGGGCGGUGGCUGACUGAAUUGUGCACAUAUAAUCAAUGCAUCAGUGCACUCUCUGCUGAUAUGGGUAAAAACAAAAGUUUCAGAAGUCGCAAAAUGCUUAUUAAUAUUUUAUUUCUAUAUGCAUAAUAUAAGAUAUAUAUAUAUAUAUAAAUGAUCUGGUGGGUGUCUUUCUGAAAUGCACCAGUCAGGUUGAUGCCUUAUUUUCAUAAAUGUUUCAUCGUCAUGAAAUGGCGUUAGAGCGACCAUGAGCACAGCUCAUUUCGGCAAUCUGCGUAAAACGUUGGAAAUUCACAGGUUUUCAUCGCCGGUUGAAAAAUCACGACGUCCAGAUCCAGUACGACAAUUUGAAGAUCCUUUUGCAUUUUGCAAAUAUUGGAAAAAAUCUCGGUGUAAAUCAUAAUUGAAACAAAACUAAUGUUCAAUUAGGUGGCUUUCAGGAGGAAUGGGUUAACUGUUAUGUGUAAAUGUGAAACAGUGGCAUAAAUUUGACAGUUUUUUAAUUGGUAGGUUGUCUGUCGACAAAUUGUUGGAUGUAUGCAAUAAAAAUAUUAAUAUUCA